UUGAGGUAAACCAGAGGUAAACAAACACGACCUACACCGUACUGUCUACGUCGUCCAGACCUAGUGACAUAUAUAGUUUGAUUUGAGAAGGAUUGCAAAUGAGAGGUCCACACUGGUCUCCAAGAUGGCACACAGCAGCAGCAGCAAUAGUAUAGACUGGCAGACACAGCUUAGAUAUAUCCGCCAAAGGGCAGGUCAUGUGUUACAGUCGGGGCAAUGGUCUGACUGUACAUUUAUUGUGGGCAAUGAAAAUAAUCAAAAGACUAUGCGUGGACACCGUCUCAUAUUGGCCAUGUCAUCACCAGUUUUUGAAGCCAUGUUCUAUGGAGGGAUGGCAGAGAAGACUGACAAACCUAUAGAAAUUUUAGAUGUGCAACCAGAUGCAUUCAAAGCUUUAUUGCAGUACAUCUACAGUGAUGAUAUUAAUUUGAAAUCAUUUGACCAAGUGUGUGAGAUUUGCUAUGCAGCCAAGAAGUACAUGAUUCCAUCCCUCGUGGAGCAGUGCACCCAAUUUAUAUGGCGGGAUUUGCACCCAGGCAAUGUGUGCCGUGCUUAUGAGUUUGCACGUUUGUUUGAAGAGCCCAGACUUUUAGACAAGUGUAUGCAGAUAAUCCAGAAUACAACAGAUCAAGUGCUUAAGGAUGCAUCCUUUGAGGAAAUAGAUGCUGCCACCCUUCGCACUAUACUUCAACAGGAAAUCCUAAGUGUGUCAGAGUUGGUACUGUGGGAAGCUUGUCUCCAGUGGGCCAAGCAAGAGUGUGUACGGCAGUCCUUAGAAGUCAGCCCCAUGAACCAGCGUAAAGUAUUGGGAGACUGCCUUGGCUUGAUCAGAUUUCUGACUCUAAGCCCAACAGAGUUUGCCAAUAGUCCGGCAGUGUCUGGUCUUCUGUCACAGGAAGAGAGCUAUACUCUCCUUAUGAAUAUUUCCUCUCCAGGAGUAACAACUAUUCCCUCACCCUUCAGUCAGAUUAACAAGAAAAGACAAGGGGGACCAACACCUCCACCCAGUUCUGUAUCACAUCCUAACGUGAGAAGCAGUAGGCUCAGAGAAGGUGUUCAACUUCGAUGUGAAUGUGUUGGAACUGGCGUCAUUGCAGAUAUAUUAGAUAAUGAACAGUUGGUGGACUACUUUAUGUCAUUUUCAGUAGAUAAACAUGUUUGCAUAUAUGGUGUGGAGAUGCCUACACAGUUAAUGCCACAAAAUUUGGGGCAGGAGUUACCCUCACAGCCAGUACAGCAGUCAUAUUCUGAAUUAAUAUAUGCAUUUUUACAAGACUCUGAUGGUUGCCGGCUCACUUACACACAUUUUACUGCUCGAGUGUCCUGGAACAGUUCCAUGGAAGUUAUAUUUAAUAGGCCAGUAUAUAUCACACCGAGUAAAACAUAUAAAAUUGCAAUCGUGUUAAAUAAAGGUGGGAGAUAUCCUAUGUAUUUCACAGCCAACCAUGUUGCUUAUGAACACAUAACAUUUUCUUUUGGGGAAGAAAUAUCUCGAAUUGGAUUGAUAAAAGCUAUAAUAUUUGGGUGUACAUCUCGGAGCUCCUCAUCUAGUCCAGAAGGAUAUUGGCAAUACUGAGAAAAAUGAUUCUCUAGUAAUCCUCAAAUAAUAUUGCUGAAAAUACUUUCAUUGACUUAAAUUAUACAGCUGUAUUGCAAAAUUGAGAAUACAGUAUAAUAAUAUGUGUCAGGUUUCAUGUUUUUGGUGAAUGGUAAUGAAAUUUAAAGAGUAUUUUGAGGACUGAGUUCAGUUUUAUAUUUGAGAGUGAAUAGUUUUCUACCAUAAGAAUUUUGAUAUCUAUGAAAUUCCUUGUUUAAUAAUAUCAAGUGUUUUAUUUAGUAUAUAAAGGAGAUCUCUUUUAGGAUUUAUCUAAGGAUGUAGAUAAGUUCUCAAUAAUUUGUGUUUAGAAAUACUGCUGUAAAAAUCUCAACUGAACUGUUCCAUUAGCAAACUACUGAAGAGAAGUUAGGAGUGUUCAAAAGAAUUUUUAUUGAGGCUUCAUUCUAUUGCUUAGGAUAAUUUCUUUGACCACAUUCAAAUUGUAGCCCAAAUUUAGUACUGUAGUUUUCUGAAUAUCCUCAAACUUCAUAUCUCUUAGGCUUUUCAGAUUUUUGUUGGUGUGAUGAGUGAAUUUGUAACUUGCUUUGAAUUUUACAUGUAUGCUAUCACUAUUGCAUCAUUUUAGAAGAUUAUAUGCAUUCUAACAUUAUCAGACAUAUUUGGUUAUGUUACUACACAUGCUUCUUUCUCACAGAUUGUUAACAUUUAUUUCCAUUUUUAGAAUCUUAAUACGAAUUCGGUUCUACCAAGAAGAGUUAGGUUGGGUAAUACAGUACACUGAUGACCACUAAUUUAAUGUUUGCCGAUGAAUAUCGAUUCUAACUAGUUAAUGACCUUCUAAAACUGUCACUAUUUGCUUACACUGAGGAAUAAUACAUGAAAAGAAUAACUAGUGAUAACCAAGGGAGACAGUAUAAGUAGGGAAUAUGAUGAUAAAGAAAUGGUAGUGUUUGAGAGUGGAUUUAUAAAAAUAUUGAAGACUACAAAGUGCUGUUGCACUGACUGACAGCAGAGAAAAGAACCAUUUGUGGGAAAAGUCAGAAAAAUGCAAUUCCUUUACUUCUCAUCAGUAGUUGUUCCUUGGUCAUCUAAGACCAAGUUGUGUUCUGCAAAGGGUGUGUGUGUGUGUGUGUGUGUGUCAGUGAAGACUUACUGUAUUAAAUUAUAUUUAGUAUAAUGUUUUGAAACCAAAAUGUCUUACAUUGUAAUUAUAUUUAUGAUGUAAAAUGCUCUUUUUCUUAACACACAAAUCAGAUUCAUAUAGAAUAACUCGAAAAGAAUGAAAUAAUAAAGGAGAAAAUGGGUACAUUGUGUUUCUACAAAUUCACUCUAAAUACAUUCAUAUUUCUGCUUCCUAAGUAAUUUCUCAUGUUGAUGAUCGUCAUUAUAAAAAAACGAAUUAAAUAAACAAAUAAUACAACAUAAUACAGUACUGUACUGUACAGUAGUACCAUAAAUAAACAUUUCCAGAGGAGGUGAAUAAUUCACUUAAAAUAACGAUGAUGAGAAGUGAAUGACGCAGUAAUGAUGAUAUAAUCUGCCUAAAUUUGUCUUUAUAUUAUAUGGUUGUGUCUAAUGAAAUAUUGAAAGUUCCCUAAAAAUAUAUAAGGUUUUUCAAAUUUCAAUGUCAGAAAAAAUAUUGCUCACGCUCAAUUAGAACCCUCGACAUUAAUUGCUUGAAACACUUGAAGCGAGAGUUAUUGACAUAUGUACAGUAUACAAUUAAACAUUUAGAAAUCACCCUAAAUCAUGCAUAAUAAAUGUAAAAAAGAUCA